AUGGACAAGAGCAAACGAAGCGCCGAUAAGAGCGCCAAGGAGCCCUCAAGCAUGCGUGGCGUCCAAGCCGCAGCCGCAGCGUUGGGCUUCGUCCUCUCGGGCACCAUGCUCGGCAUGUUCAUCACCAUACCCGUCAUCCUCGACACGCAGACGGACGCCCUGCAGAUCUGCCGCCAGUGGGCGCGCGCAUUCCACUACGGCCACGUUGCCGGGCCCGGGCUGUGCGGCGCAACGCUGCUGCUCCACCUCUACGCGGCGUUCAAAGGGCGCAAGGACCCCGGCCAGGACAAGGCGAAGGCGAAGGCGGCGCGGAAGCGGCAGCUGGCCGCAGGGCUGGCCACCAUGGGCAUGGUGCCCUACACGUGGCUGACCAUGUCGUCCACUAACAACGCGCUGUUUGCUCAGCUCGCCGGGGGCGCCGCGGACCUUGCGAGCGUGCGGCACCUCGUGGGCGUGUGGAGUUGGCUGCACUUUGUGCGGUGCAUGUUCCCUCUUACGGGGGCAAUCCUGGGCCUCGGGGUCUUCCUGUGA